AUGUGGAGUUGGUUCGGCGGGGCCGCGGCGCAGAAGCGGAAAGAUGCGCCCAAAAAUGCCAUCUUGACGCUGCGGCAGCAGCUCGACAUGCUAAAGAAGCGAGAGAGGCAUUUAGAAUCGCAGAUGGCAGACCAGGACGCUUUGGCGAGGAAGAACAUCUCUACCAACAAGGCAGCCGCGAGGGCUGCGCUUCGCCACAAAAAGCUGCACGAGCGCGCCCUCGAGCAGACCUCCGCGCAAAUCCAACAAGUCGAGCAGCAGAUCUGCAGUAUCGAAGCCGCGAACAUUAACCAGGAGACCCUGAACGCCAUGAAGAACGCCGGUGCCGCGAUGAAACAGAUCCACGGCAACCUGACGAUCGAUAAGGUAGACGCAACGAUGGAUGAACUGCGCGAGCAGCAUGCUCUCGGGGAAGAGAUUGCGAGUGCGAUCACGAACGCGCCGAUCGGCGAGCCGAUUGAUGAGCAGGACCUGGAGGAUGAGUUGGAGGGGAUGGAGCAGGAGGCGAUGGAUGAGAGGAUGUUGAAGACGGGCAGUGUACCACUUACGGGCGAGGUAAACAGGUUUCCGGCUGUGUCGAGUGGGCCUCUGACAGGCAAAGCGGAGGAAGAAGAUGAGGAGGAAGAGCUGCGGAAGCUACAAGCCGAGAUGGCCACGUAA